AUGAAUAUCAUGUUUCUAAACGUGAUUGUGUUCAGUUUCUUGUUAUAUUGCACCAAAGCACAAUCUGAACAUUAUAAUCGAGCUUGUAAUGCAUAUGUACAAAAUGUUAUGAGCUUUUGUCUUAACACCAUCUUAAAUACACGAGGAGCAAAGUUUCCAGUGGAAUCAUUGAUGAAAUACUGCCGUCAAUAUCCAGAAUGUGAAAGGGAAUUUAAUCAAUGUAUGCUGAUGUAUUUAACACGAGGUCCAGGUGAAAAAUGUGUAUUUGCUCAAACUAUGGCUAAAACAAUUAGAAGAAAGUUAAAAUUGUAA